AACGUGGAUGUAUGUUUACUAGGUAUAAAGCAGAGGCAACAACAUCCCCAGAUCAUCUUAGUUCUUGUCAGUCAAAUUGCCUGGAUCAACUUGAGACGAGCCUUGGAACUUGAAAUUGUCUAUGGCCGCCCCGAGCAUUGAAAUGUGGCUAAGGAACAAAGCUAGCAAGACUGGCCUCAAGGACUUAGUGACAUCAGGGAGGGAGGAUCUAACCCUAGACCCAGUCACGGCCCAUCCCCUGCUGGAGAUCUCACCGGAUGGGAAGGAGGUGAAAUGCAGGACUAUCAUGAAGAACGUCAGCUCCAGCCCGAAGCGAUUCGACACGGCCAACUGUGUGGUGGCCCAGCAGAGCUUCAGCGCAGGGCGGCACUACUGGGAGGUGUUUGUGGGCCGGAAGCCGCGCUGGAACCUGGGCGUCGUCUCGGACCUAGCGGAGAGAUGGGGCAGAUUGAUCCAGAAGAAAUCCUGGUGGCCAUGGUCUGAGGAGGUCUGUGCUGACGGCUACUGGCUGAUUGGCUACAACCAGGAGAAGCCCGAGAAGCCGUACUGGGCGUUUGACACCAACCCAAUGCCCUUUGACUGUAGCCCCCACGCUGAGACCAUCGGGGUCUAUCUUGAUUACACGGGCGGGGAAGUGACCUUCUACAACACCAAUGACUCCGAUAAUUUGAUCCCCUUGUACUCCUUCUACAACGCUGCCUUCAAGAACGCCCCCGUCUUCCCCAUCUUCGACCCCUGCUUGCAUGACAAGGGGGCCAACACGGAGUCCCUUAAAAUCCUGUGAGCAGCUGAUUCACUAGUGGGGGUGGGGACCCAAAGCAAUCCCAGCCUUGGGGCUACGAGCAUAUACCUCGGGCUAGUCAGCUUCACGGCACUGCUCUGAGAGCCGCACUAACCUCACCCAGCGACCAGGCAAAGCCAGCACAUUUAGCUCAGACAGGCCCUUCCUCCAAUGGGUUUGUCUUGAGUAGGGUAAAAAAUGUUUCUUACUAUCACAGUAUCUAGGUUACCCCUUCCAGAGCCAGGGAAGGACACCAGGAGUCCUGGCUCCCAGUCUCCCCCACCCCCCGCUCUUACCACCAUACCCCACUCUCCUCCAGCACUGGGGAGAGAACCCAGGAGUGGAAUCCAGAUUGCACCUGGUGUCGUCAUUCUCACCUGAGGAAAGUGCACCUAAAACGCCAUCCAGAGC